CGUCCGGGGGGUAGCCACCGCCUCCGCAGCCCGCCGGCGCCUCGAAACCCGGACCUGCCUCCGCCUCUUCCUCCGGCAGCUCCAUCCCGCCUCCCGCGCCUCGUCCUCCGGCCGCCCCCGCCGCCGCGCCCCCGGGUGGCUGCCUCGGCGGACCCGGGAGGGGGUCCGUCCGCCGCACGCUCGGCUCGGCCCGGCCCGGGGGGCGUGCAUGCCCCUGCGGCCCGCGGCGCUCACCAGCAGCAUGCUCUAUUUCCAGAUGGUGAUCAUGGCAGGGACGGUGAUGCUGGCGUACUACUUCGAGUACACGGACACGUUCACCGUGAACGUGCAGGGCUUCUUCUGCCACGACAGCGCCUACCGCAAGCCCUACCCGGGCCCGGAGGACAGCAGCGCCGUGCCUCCCGUGCUCCUGUACUCGCUGGCCGCCGGGGUCCCCGUGCUCGUGAUAAUAGUUGGAGAAACUGCUGUGUUUUGCCUACAACUGGCUACAAGGGAUUUUGAAAACCAGGAGAAGACUAUUUUAACUGGAGACUGUUGCUAUAUAAACCCACUGGUGAGGAGAACUGUACGAUUUCUUGGAAUUUAUACAUUUGGACUGUUUGCAACAGAUAUCUUUGUAAAUGCUGGACAAGUUGUCACAGGAAACCUGGCUCCCCAUUUUCUUGCCCUGUGUAAACCCAACUACACGGCACUUGGGUGUCAGCAGUAUACGCAGUUCAUCAGUGGGGAAGAAGCCUGCACAGGCAACCCAGAUCUCAUCAUGAGAGCGAGGAAGACAUUUCCAUCCAAAGAAGCGGCUCUCAGUGUCUAUGCAGCUAUGUAUCUGACAAUGUACAUUACCAACACAAUCAAAGCCAAAGGAACAAGACUUGCUAAGCCCGUUUUAUGCCUAGGCUUAAUGUGUUUGGCCUUUCUUACUGGACUCAACAGAGUUGCAGAAUAUCGAAAUCAUUGGUCCGAUGUGAUAGCAGGCUUUCUGGUUGGAAUAUCUAUAGCAGUAUUUCUUGUUGUAUGUGUGGUAAAUAAUUUCAAAGGAAGACAACCAGAAAAUGAGCAUAUACACACGGAUAACCGGGCACAGAUGCCAAUGAUAAGCAUUCCUCGAGUAGAAAGUCCUUUGGAAAAGGUAACAUCCGUACAGAACCACAUCACUGCCUUCGCAGAAGUCACAUGAUAUUGAAGCAAAUGGUCUCUCACUGCAUUGGACAUCUUCCCUUUUCACCAUCCAUUCGUAACACCCAAAGUGUGUUUGAUGACAAAAAAGGUUUAUAAAGUUGUCUAAUCAUUUUUAUAAUUUAAAAAUCAGUGUCAGCUUAUCUGUUUCCCCCACUAGACUGUGAGCUCCUCAAGGGCAGACUGUGUCUUUCUCCUCUGUGUCCCCUGCACCUACAACAAAGCCUCAUACAGAGUAGGUAGGUGUUCAGUAAAAACGUGAUGACAAAUGAACACAAAUUAAUUCUGAAAUAAAACAUUCAUUUUAAUUUCUCACAGAAUCACUGAGACUAAGUGAAAAGAAACCUCUACACGAGUCAUAUUUGUGUGAGAAGUCCCUCCACUUUGAGCUAGUUAAGCUUUUUAAUUUAUCAUGUAUCUUCUAUUUGGCAGCAUACCAUAUUUCAUUCGAAGUGGACUUUGAAAGUCAUGGGGGUUUUUAUUUCAUUAUUCAGCAUGACCUUAUUUCCAUUCUAACAGAUUUCAGUGUGUGAAAUUACUUUACUUUUAGAAAGUAUGUUCUAUACUAAAAUAAUGUUUGCACAUAAUAUUAUGCUAUAUUUCACUUAAAAUACCAUUCAUACUAUAAAUUCUAAGACUGGUGCUUCUGCUUUUGAAGGUGAAAAUGCCAAUUUUUACUGUAAUAAGUAAUGUAUCAUAAUUAAAAAUUAUUUAUUUGGAUUUUUGUUCCUGACAAUUGUGAUUUAAUUGUUGACUUGUAGUUUUUGAAUGCAGGCAGUGUUUAGGAUAGUCUAAGUGACUGAAUCCAGCAAUCGUACCUAUUUAUUGAACAGUUUUCCACAGAUAACCAUCUCAAGAGUGGUCAAAGUCUCCAUUCUUUGGCCAGUCAAGUUUCCACAUAAUUUAAAUAGAAAAGAAUCCCCCCCAGACAAUGCAUAUUAAAUUAUAUAAACGCAAGAAAUAUAGUCAAUGUAUUUUGCUUUGCAUAUUUAUAGUACUUUAUAGUUUACAAAAUAUAUUUUCAUUUGUUAUUUCAUCUAAUCCUCACAAUGAAAAAAAGUGAAAGUCACUCAGUCGCGUCCAACUCUUUGCGAUUCCAAAUCCUCACAAAAGCCCCCAGUAAACCGUUAAGAGUUUGGCUUUAGUGUUACAGAUGAGAAAAAUAAAGACAAGACAGGGUAAAUAAUGUGCCCAACUCCACACAACUAGGGUAAGGCAGUUACAGUUUAAAUUCAGAUUUAGCAUUCUUUGUAAAUAUGCCACAGCUGCCAUAUCAUCUGGACACAGCGAGGCCUUUCAGUGGUCAGUGGCGUCCUGGGCAACAAACUAUAUGUCAAAAAAAAUGAAAAAAUGCCAAAAUAAAGUUAUAAAAGUUUUGCAGUAUUUUCAACAUUAGUGUUUUAAGAAUAAACACUUUGAAAAUAUGAUAUACUAAUCAAUUUAUAGUCUUAUUUAAAAAUAAUAUCAAGAGUCUAGAUGUGAGGUCUUUGUAAAGUCAGAACCUCAAUCAGCUGUCUCUCCUGAGCGUGUGGAGUUAAGGAUGAAAGUUGUUACAUAAGGAAAAUAAAUUGGACUAUGACAAAACCAUUCAACAUAUUCCUCAACAAUAACUGUGAUUUUCAAAGCUACACAGAAUAGCUUUGUCUUAUGUGAGAAGUAGUUCAUUGACUGAAAAGAUUCUUCUUAACCUUGACAGAACUAAAGGAAAUAAAUUUUUAACUUUUUAUGCAAUUUUAACAGAAAUCAAAAAGUAAAUAUAACCAAAGACUUCUCCAUUACUCUCAAAAUAGACAUUACUUACUCUUUUCAUCACUGUAGAAUUUAAACUACUUACAGUAGGACCAGAAAAGCAGAAAAUUCCUACUUCUACCUUUCAGACUUCUCUAGCAAGUUUGGUUCCGGAGGAAAUUUAGAAUACUAAAAAGCUUGGAACACCUUGACACUCUUUAAAGACUUUUUUUUUUUUUUUAAAGCAAUAACGGUGGAGGAUUCGCUUACUGGAAAUAAAAGUGGAGGGAAUGAUCAUAAUAUUUUAGGAGGCAGGAUUACCAGUAAGACUUAAAGAGGUCUGUUUUCUCAGUUCUGGCAUCAGUCUUCAAGGAACCAGUUAGUCACACUUUUCUUGUUGGAAGCCAUAUAUAUAUAUAUAUAUAUAUAUAUAUAUAUAUAUUUGUACCUUGCUAAACCUGGUCUGAAUGCAGGAGUUAUAAAUUACUCAGAAAUCCAGAUUUAAACCAGUAAUGUCAUCUGUAAAUAUAAAUGUCAUGGACCCAAGAUUGUGUAAUGAAUGAUCCUGCCAUGAAGGAAAUUCAGAAGAAUAAAAAGAUAUACAUGCUUAGGGCAAGAAGUCAGCAAGAGCCCUUAACCAUGAUGCUGUUACUGAGAAUAAUGAAAACACAUUUUUAAAAAAAUACUCAUUUGUAAAUAUGUAUAUAUAUAUAUAGUCUAGUAAAAGCAGGAAAACACAUAUCUUUCUGAUAAAGACAUCUUUUUAUUCUACUUACUUGGGGCCCAGGUCAGUAUAAAUUGGUCAGCCUGAAAAUUUCGGUAGUCUCUGCAUGGCAGAAAUUCUGCACAUGUUUCAUCUGAUUCCUAAGAGUAUCUAAAAGGAUCUUUUAUGUUAAAAGAGAGGUGAACCUUCUUUGACAGACUUUGUCUAUUCCACUUCUAACUGGGCCUCUCUUUUCUCAGGAUCUAUCCUAGCCAAAUAUCUCAGUUACAUUUACCAUACAGUUUCCUUGUGAAAGAGCAGUAGGGGAAGAAAUAGUUCUCUGCUGUGAGUUGUAUUUUUCAAAUAAAAUAUUAAAAAUUUAAAACAUUAAGUAUGA